UUGAACGCGCGUGUACCUGUGCCACGAUAUUAUGUUUUAUAUGCAUAUAAAAUAAUAUAUAAAGGCUUAAGGUUUUUAUAGCGUUCUAAACCGUCUAUCAAGGUCUUUUUGACACAUUUUCCGUUACGAUGCAGACUACACUCACGUCGAUCAGUUUUGACGAUCUGCUAUCCGGUUCAUAUUCCGAGCCACCUCUCACCGAGGAGAUCGACUGGCUGACGGAUUUGUAUACUAUGCUGACGGACGCGGCCGAACAACAGCAACUGAGUGAUCCUCAACAGCAUAGUUCAGGCAUUCUGUUACCGAGUGCUCAAGAACCGUAUACUGCCACGGGCGUAGAAUUCAAAAUGAUUGAUGAAUACGGUCUACCAACCACUGUUGCGACUUCGGUGACCAUGACCGCUUCAGCCGUUUAUCAGCAACAACAUCACUCCCGUUUCAAUUUCCACCAGCAACAGCAACAACAUCAGCAUCAUCAGCAACAGCCAGCGUAUCACCAGCACCGUCAUCACUUUCCCGGUGAGUUGUUGCCACCGUAUCAGCAGCCUCCCGAUUCCGCCGAUCAAGGCAACACAGCGUCCGUGUUUGAACAGAUGUUGGAUCAAGUGGAAGUCAUUUUGCCCAAACAAUACCAUCAACAACAACAACAGUCGCUGCAAGUAGAGAUAGCUACCGCUGAGAAGCCACCGCCGACGCCGCGGCUAACGGCCACGUCUUCGAUGAUUGACACAGCCACCGAUCCGUCCGCUAGCAGCGUGUCGCCGGAAAUGCGACAUUACAUAAUAACGAUGUUGGUAUCCUUGCCCGUUGAAUGUUCGGCGCCCACAUCGGAUGCCGCUUCUAUUAUGCUACAGAGUACCACCAUCGCCGAGGCUCCGUCUUUGCCGUCCUACUUAUGCUUGGUGUGUGGUGACGAGGCCUCGGGCUGUCACUACGGGGUGAUCACGUGCGAAGGUUGUAAAGGAUUUUUCAAGCGGUCCAUUACGUUGAGCAUCAAAUACAAUUGUCUGGCCAGUAACAACUGUCCGGUGGACAAGCACCGACGAACCAAGUGCCAGUUCUGUCGAUUUCAAAAGUGCCUGCAAGUGGGCAUGAUGAAAAGGAUGGUGCGAACCGACUCACUGAAAAGUCGUCGUGGCCGGUUGCCACGUCUAGUUCAUUAGUGUUAUGGCACAUUGGAUUAGAGAUUACCUGUAUAUUUCUUU